GGGUUCCGCGGCGCGCACCGGCGGCGGAGGUCGCGGCCAUGGCGGCGCCGGCCGCAGCCGAGACCAGCUGCCGGCUGGAGUUCUCAGUGCAGAUGACCUGCGAGAGCUGCGUGGAGGCCGUGCGGGAGGCGCUGCAGGGGCUGCCAGGCGUGCGGGUGCUCGACGUCCGCCUGGACUCGCAGACGGUGCUGGUGGAGGCCAGCGUGGCGGCCGAGCGGGUGCAGGAGCGGCUGGAGGCCCGGGGGCGCCGGGCAGUGCUGCGGGGUGCUGGCGGCCCCCCCGGCGGCGGUGGCCCGGUGGCGGCGGCGGUGGCGGCGCUGCAGGGCCCUGGGCCCGUGCGGGGGCUCCUGCGCUUCGUGCAGGUCUCCCCCCAGCGCUGCCUGGUUGAGGGCACCGUCGACGGCCUCCAGCCGGGGCCCCACGGGCUCCACGUCCACGAGUUCGGGGACCUCUCCGACGCCUGUGACAGUUGUGGGGACCAUUUCAACCCCGAUGGGGAGUGCCACGGGGGACCCCAGGACGAGCACCGGCACGUCGGGGACCUGGGCAACAUCUGGGCCGACGCCACAGGCAGAGCCAACUUCCGCAUGGAGGACUCGCGCCUGAAGGUCUGGGACAUCAUCGGGCGCUCGGUGGUGGUGGACGCGGGCGAGGACGACCUGGGCCGGGGCUCGCACCCGCUGUCCAGGGUGACGGGGAACUCGGGGCCCAGGCUGGCCUGCGGCGUGGUGGCCCGGGCGGCCGGCCUCUUCGAGAACCCCAAGCGCCUCUGCACCUGCGACGGGCUGACGCUCUGGGACGAGCGGGACCGCGAGCGGCCCCCGGGGCAGCCGGCCCCACACCUCUAGUCGCCCUCUGGCUGACAUUAAACCCUCCAUCUGCUCUCUCCGUG